AUGUCUGCUCCCUUGACUUCCGACGAACAGGAACGCUAUACCGAGAUAAUCGAUGGCAUCUUGGCGACUGCCGAUCUUGAAACCAUUUCUCGUAAAAAGAUCCGACAGGCGUUGGAAGGCCGACUUGGCGGCAAGGACUUGAGCGAACAAAAGGAGGCGAUUAAGCGCCUGAUCGAAGCCCGCUUCGAUGCGGUUUCUGGGGCCGACGCCGAAGAUGUCCCAGAGCCAUCGCCCCUCAAGCGGUCUAAUGGUGUCUCCGGCUACGACGAGACUGACCCUUCUGCCUCGCCGGAGCCAGCGAAAAAGAAGUCGAAGCGAUCCUCCCCAUCUGAAGACGCAGAUGCGCGCCUCGCUGCUCAGCUUCAAGCUCAAGAGAAUAGCUUAGCCCGCGGACGAACCACCCGUGGAGGGAGUGACCGGGCUGUAAAAAAGCGAAAGGCGCCACGCAAGAAGAGCGCAAAAAAGGCCCGCGAGGAUGAAGACAGCGACGUAAACGGCAGCGGAGACCUGGGCGUCAAGAAGCGCAAGGCCGGCGGUGGUUUCCAAAAACCUUUCAAUCUGAGCUCCACGCUCUCUGACAUCUGUGGCGAGACUCAGCUUUCACGUCCGCAAGUUGUCAAGAAGCUUUGGGAGCACAUCAAGGCAAACGACCUGCAAGAUCCGGCAGACAAACGACAAAUUCGAUGCGACGCCAAAAUGCAGGCUGUGUUUAAACAGGCUAGAGUGGACAUGUUCAAGAUGAACAAGGAGAUUGGCAACCAUCUCUAUCCAGUUGGGGAGGAGUAG